AAACUGAAAUAGUAUAGCUGGAGCGGCGUCCCCAACGCGCAGUGAUAUCCUACCCCCAAAUACGAUCGCAGGGAAGAAUAAUUGUCGAAUUUCGUUAAUCAGGCGACGAGAAAUUUACUUUAUUCGAGGAAAAGACUUUUGUUUUUCCAUCACGAGGCCUAUCCACCAAAUAUGGCUUCAUCCGUGAGCAGAACAGAGGAGGUGCGCGUGUCCUCGUUGACGCCUCUGAAGUUGGUGGGCUUGGUGUGCGUCUUCCUCGCUCUGUGUCUGGAUGUAGGGGCCGUGUUGAGUCCGGCGUGGGUCACGGCAGACGACCAAUAUUACCUCUCUCUGUGGGAAUCAUGCUGGAAGCCAGUCACGUCCGAAACAUGGGAAUGCAACACCACGUUAAGGACAGAUUGGCAGAUUGCCACCCUGGCUCUCUUGCUCGGUGGCGCGGCCCUCAUCUUCCUCUCUUUCCUGGUUGGGUUAGUGUCAGUGUGUCCUGGUGCCAGGAGAUGCUGUUAUACACCUGUAGCAGUGAUGCUGUUUGCUGCAGUGGUGCUGCAAGUCUGCAGUUUGGUCCUGUAUCCCAUUAAGUUCAUUGAGACUGUAAGCCUGAGGGUGUACCAUGAGUUCAACUGGGGCUAUGGCCUGGCCUGGGGGGCCACUAUCUUCUCAUUCGGGGGUGCCCUCCUCUACUGCCUGAACCCCAAGAACUACGAAGACUACUACUGAAGGAUGGAGGAGCUCAUGUUGCCAUAUCCAGUAUUCUAUCCCUGGUAGCAGCCCUUUAAACCUAGCUUUAUACAGAACAUUACAGUACAGACAGUACAGGACACAGACUGGAACAUGAAGUAACCACUGUCAAUUUAGAUGAUCAAUGUUUUACUGGCAACUGAUUGUUUACUGUCAAGUUUCAAAGAAUAAGCUCACUUGGUACAGUAUGAGUUUGAAGUUUUCCAGAAGUAUCUCACCAGUGUUCAACAUUCCCCUGACUCUGAGCAGCCAGUAAAGGCAGUGCUAUGAAAAUAUAAGACCAAUGAGAUAUCACCAAUGAACCUGAUGACAGGCAAAAUAGCAGCACAGAUGGAUUUGCCCAAACCUUACACAAGGGUGGAUCUGACGCACACAUAGAAUGUCAAAGGUCAGAAAGAUCUUCCAUCCCAGAGGAAUGUUGCUUGCCUCCACAAAUGUAUUAGAUGAUUGUUGAAUGGUAUGUGCCUUCAGUUUAUCAGCUAGUGUGGGGAAUACAGAUGCUUGGUGGGUGAAGGCACAUGACAUUGAGCAUGCUGCCAGGCACCAUGGCUUCUACUUGUCCUUCUCCAGUUCAGAGGAUGGGGUGUAUAAGAGAAGGAGACAGAAGGAAAAUGAGGAAACCCCACAGAACAUUCCCCAGACACCACCCAAAAGGUGAGUUUUUAUUGGACAAGCCAUUUUGGAAGGAAAAUGUGAUAGGUUAAUCAUUAGCACUGCAGUACACAUGACAAUAAUUACCAAAUGUAAGACCUUUGGUUACCAAUUAAAACAUGGCGCUUAACCCCUACUUUGCUCUGCUUGUGAUAGCAGUAGCCACUCUUUUCUACCCAUGCUCUGUGGUGAUAUACCUCUAUACUACUGAAGCCUAUGAUGGAGGCAUGUUUAGGAUAUAGAUCUGCUGGUUUAAAAAGAAAUUGUGCAUAACUAGUUUUUCUCCUUACAAAUUUUAAUGUAGUUGGUCUUUAUAAUAAAA